AUGUCGGCGUCCCCCUCUUCCGUCGCCGAGGUAGCGGUGGCCGCUGCUGCGGCGGCGGCGAUGGCGUCAGCUUUGCCGCAGGAGCAGCAGCAGCGGCAGCAGGCGCGGCCACGGCCGCGGCCGAUGCACGCGGGGGGCGGCGGCGGUGGCGCCAAUGGCCGCCACCACGCUUACAGCCGCAAGGACAAGUCGCUCGGCCUCCUCUGCUCCAACUUCGUGGUUCUCUACAACCGCGACGACGUGGAGUUCAUCGGGCUGGACGAAGCGGCCAAAUGCCUCGGCGUGGAGAGGCGCCGGAUCUACGACAUUGUCAACGUGCUCGAGAGCGUUGGGAUUCUUGUGAGGAAAGCCAAAAAUCGCUACACCUGGAUAGGUUUCGGCGGAGUCCCAAUGGCCUUGCGAGAACUCAAGGAAAGGGCGUUAAGAGAGAAGUCUGGCUUGGCUCCUCUGCAAAACGAGCAGCAAUCUGCUGGCAUUAUUUCUGAUGACGAAGAUGAUGAUACAUUGGGCAAUCCUGGUGCUGAUAUCGAGAACGAGAAACUGAGUCAGACUCUGGACAAUCCUUCUGACAAACCUGGUGCACCCCGUUGCCGCCUUCGAUCUGAUCAUAGGAAAGAAAAGUCACUUGGGUUGCUUACACAGAAUUUCGUGAAGCUCUUCCUCACCAUGGAGGUUGACACGAUCUCACUUGAUGAAGCUGCAAAGCUGCUCCUUGGAGAAGGCCACGAGGAGACCAAUAUGAGAAAUACAGCAAGGGGACUCGAGAAAGCCUGCGUUUCGUUGGUUGGGUUGGGUAGGGCCACAAUGCCGAACACUGAAAAUGGUGUCACAGUUGCUGUACCCCCACCAGGGAAGACCACAUCGAACAAAAGAGCAUUUGGAACUGAACUCACUAACAUUGACAUACAUAGAAGUAAUCUAGAUUCAAAAAUUCAGAAGAAAGCAAAACUGGCACAGAGUGGUGGUGAUGUCUUGACAAAUUGCAAAUUAGCUGUGCGGAGUCAGCUUGGGCAGGUUAAACAAAGUGGCUUUGUUUAUGGUCCUUUCCACCCUGCUGGUGCAAGGAAACAUGAACUUGAUGGCGGCAAUAAACCUGGGCAAAGGGAGAGGGCUCAGGACUGGGAGAGCCUUUCUGCUUCAUUUCGACCACAGUACCAGAACCAAGCACUCGGUGAUCUUUUUGCCCAUUAUGUCGAAGCGUGGAAGACAUGGUAUUCUGAAUUUGCUCAAGGCAGCAACAUCAUGCAACAACACUUUGGCCAUUCUGUUAACCAUUUUUUGUAG